AUUAUUUCCGGAAGAUAAUCGACAUGAAUUCUUAAUAACCAGCUGCAUUUUCCCCCUCGCCCAAACUUGACAAAAACGAAGAAAUACCCGUGUGUUUCUGUCCAAAUUGCGCAUUCUCUGGAGCAGCUGCUCUUGACAAAAGGCCCAAUGAGAAAAUUGCGAAAAAAGUAGUUGAACUUCUUGGCUAACGACUCCUCCUCGUUCUUUCCAUCUAAAUCGACAGCGACGAGAGGAAUCAACACUUCACAGAAGCGUGGAAACGGCAGGUGCGAUCGAAGGGGGACCUAAUCAUGAGAUUAACAGGCCCCAUGCGAGCUGUGGCAGUGGUUCUCCUGGUGGGACUCACAUGGCUGCUGGCAAGUACUUUGUUUGGAGGGGAAAGCGUUUCUUUUAUGCGCCAUUUCCUCAAUAGUGCUAGUCAGGAACCAACAGCUGAGCCUUUGACAGAAAUGGAAGAAGUUCGACCACGGAGGUAUAAAUGUGGCCUUUCAGCGGCGUGCCCCCCGAAACAUCUGGCUUUUCGUCUGGUAUCUGGGGCUGCCAAUGUCAUUGGGCCCAAAAUCUGUCUGGAGGAUAAGAUGUUAUUAAGCAGUGUGAAGAACAACGUUGGCAGAGGAUUAAACAUCGCUUUGGUGAAUGGGGUCACGGGCGAACCUCUAGAAACAAAGACCUUUGACAUGUGGGCAGGAGAUGUUUCCGACCUAUUGAAAUAUCUCCGGCCGCUCCAUGAAGGAACACUGGUGUUUGUGGCCUCAUUUGAUGAUCCAGCUACAAAAUUGAAUGCAGAGUCUCGGCGAUUGUUUGAGGAGCUUGGGAGCACUGCUGUCAAGGAGCUAUCUUUUCGGGACAGCUGGGUGUUUGUUGGCGCUAAGGGCAUCGAAAAUAAGAGUCCAUUUGAGCAGCGAAUGAAGAAUAGUAAGAGCAGCAACAAAUACGAAGGCUGGCCCGAGUCACUGGAGAUGGAUGGCUGUAUUCCCUUACGACCACCCGUGGAAGUUUAAUCUAGGCCUUUGCAUACAGCAGUUUUGUCAUAGCGGACCAGCAAACUGAUUGAUUGAAAGCCAAAGAGUUACUAUUAGACCACCCCGCUUAAGUCACACGCCUGAAGAUCUUGGUCUUGGCCUUGAGGUAGACAUGGCUAAAUGUGGAAGUGGUUGUGAAAGAUUUUUUUUUCCUGAUAUUAUAUUAAUGUGUGUGUGCAAUGUUAUAAAAGGGAAAUUUGAAAGGUGACUGAUAUAAUAGUGAGGCUGAAGUGGGUCUUCUUUUAGGAGAAAGGGCGACUUAUCCUGGCCUGAAAGUUUAAACACGCACUAUAAAGUUGCACCACAUCCUCAAGUCUUCACUUUUUAGCAGUUUCAUGAAGGGUAAUCAGGUUUAGUUCUGCUGAAGUUUAAAGUAAAUGCUGUAUUUUAUAUUAAAGCUGAAAUAGGUCUUUUAAUGCAAUGAAAAAUAUUUGUGAAAUUGUAUGCAUAUAUUACAAGCAGCAGUUUGUUUACCUUAGAAUAUGAUGUACAAAAUAAGACUUAUCAACAUCGCUUGUCAAUUUUGUCCCACAGUAUGCAAAAGAUAGCUUUGCUAUCUUGGUUCCAUGUAAGACUGCUCAAGUUUUUUUUUUUUUUUUUUUAUAUUCAAUGCUGGUUAUUUUUACAGAGGGCUUUUUUGGAAAUUUGUACUUUUUUUUAAUGCAUGGUUGUAUGUUUGAUGUGUAUGAGCUAUUUAAUGUGUAAAAA